GUUAAGGAAGCUGCAGAGAAGUUUCGAUUGGAGUCUGGGAUUGAGCCUUGUGUAGAUUUGGACUCUCUUGAUGAACGGAUUAAGAUCAGAGAGAUGAUCCUGAAAGGGCAGAUCCAGGAUGCUAUUGCACUUCUUAACAACUUGCACCCAGAACUACUAGGCACCAAUCGUUAUCUCUGCUUUCACCUGCAGCAACAACACUUGAUAGAGCUCAUUCGUUUACGGGAGACUGAAGCGGCCCUUGAGUUUGCUCAGGCCCAGUUAGCAGAACAAGGCGAGGAGAGCCGAGAAUGCCUGACUGAAAUGGAAAGGACACUUGCGCUUCUGGCAUUUGACAACCCAGAGGCCCACUACAUGGACUUAAUUUAUUGCUUUACAGUAGCAUAA